AUGUCACAUAGAUUAACGACAACAGAAAAUGUGGAUACUAUUGGAGCAGCAAACAUUUUAAUCGACAAGCUAUUUGCAUCAUUACUUCGAGCUCCUGAUCCAUCUUGGGCGAACUUUGUAGAGAAAAUGAAAGAAGACAUUCGACUGCUAGUCUGCGAAGCGAAUACACACAGGCACACAUCAACUUGCUAUAAAUACUCGAAGAAUGCCUUGCUAAAAAUAUGUAGAAUGCGUAUGCCUCGGGAAAUAUUCCUAAUAACAACAAUUGAUCCAGACUCAGGCGAGAUACGAAUGCGUCGUUCACAUCCGAUGAUCAACAACUUUAAUCAAUUUAUCAUAUGUGCAUGCCGUUGUAACAUGGACAUCAAAUUUAUCUGGUCGGGCACGGAUGCAAAAGCGCUCGUGUAUUAUUGUACCGACUAUAUUACAAAGACAAAUUUAUCCUUCCAUGAUACAUUUUCUCUUAUGCAGAAGGCCGUUCAACCAAACGAUAACAACAACAUAACUGAAAGUUCUGUCGACAAAGCUCGAAAGCUUGUCUUACGAUGCUACAAUUCUCUUGCUUCACAGCAAGAACUUUCUGGCGUUCAAGUAGCUACUUAUCUACUGGAUUACGGCGAUCAUUACACCAGUUAUGAAUUUGCUAAUAUAUUUCUCAUUGCUGUCGAACGCCACCUUCAAAACGAGCUUGAAGAAAGUAGAGCUUCUCUCGCUUCAGCUUCUACAACUACACAUGCGACGAAUAAUAAUCCAAUCAACUUUAUCGAGAAUGAAGAAGAAUAUGAUGCCUCUACGACAGAAGAACAGUUCUCAAUUGAACAAACUAGUGAUACUCAAAAAGUAGUUCUCGUCAAUCUGAGAAUCGACUACCAAUGUCGUUCCCCUGAACUAGAGUCAGUUUGUUUAUACGACUUCGUUAGCUUCUUUCAUCGUAAGCCAUUCACUGAUAAGGAUCGAAAUAUGACCGAACAACAAUUCACAAAUGCUGAAGAUAUUCGGCUAAAUCCAGGUCGUCCACGCCAAGAGAGAUAUACAUUUAUGAGGGAACAUCCACAAGCAAUUUCUCAUGGCAUCAUUAAACGUCUUAACCCUGUUACCCCUGUACUUCUUGGUCCACAGAUUCCUCGUAGAGACAGAGAAGAAACUCAAGAACGAUAUAGUCGAGCAAUAGCUACUCUCUUUAUUCCAUGGAGAAGUGCUAAAGAUCUUUGUGCUGCCAAUCAGAGUUGGCGCGAAGCACUUUCCUUUCGGCAAGAAAGUAUUUCAACAGAAUCAAAACAGAUUAUCGAAAAUAUUCAACUCUUGCAUGAGUGCAAAAAAGAUCGUGAUGCACAUUUACAACAAGUUAUUGCAAAUGUUCAAGCUAGUGACGAAAUAGAUCCUCGUCUUUUUCCUCGAAACAUGCGUAUAGACGACAGUGACGAAGAUGAUGAUUUAGAUCAAAAUGAAAAUUAUUUGAAUCUACUCGAUAACCUAGCAGAUAAUAAUCCAACGUCUGGUAUCAGUCAUCUUCCUGAAAAAGAGCAACUUUAUCAAGAUGAAGCACUUCGCACCCUUCAUGGAGUUGGGCGAUUUGCCAAUUGUACCAGACGUGAUCAACCGUCUAUGGUAUCCACUUCUCUGUCGCAUUUUUCUGUCAAAACUCGGCAUUCAGCACAGCAAAAUGCUGAAUGGCAAGCUGCCAUAAAAUCUGAUGCUCUUCGAAGACGACAACAAAGUAUCGUAGAGGAUACUCCUUUAUCACCAAAUCAUACUUCUAACCAACUCGUCUCGACUACUACUACUAGCUGUGUUGGAGGAAGUCCAAACCAAAUGAGUGAUCGAAUUCAAUCUGUUACAACGGAUGCAUCAACGAUUCCAACUCGUCGCCAAGUUUGUGAGAUGUUCACACUCAAUGAUGAACAAGCACGAGCUUUUUACAUCGUCUGCAGACAUGCUGAUGGAGAAAGUCAUCUAAAGAUAGGCAACAAACAACAGCAAUUGAUCAUGUGCGUACCAGGAUCUGGAGGAACAGGAAAAUCUCGUCUCAUCGAGGCGAUCACUUAUUAUUUCGUUGAAACCCAACGAAAGCAGAAACUUCGAAAGCUUGGGCCCACAGCAGUAUCAGCCUCACUCAUCGGAGGCCAUACAAUUCAUUCUUUCUUAGGAUACUUACGUAGUACUAAACGCCAAAAGAAGACGUCAAAACCAGGCUCAUCGAAUAUUGAAAACGAUUGGAAACAUGUGGAUUAUCUGAUUAUCGACGAAAUUUCUAUGGUUGGCCUUCGAUUAUUAGCUCAAUUAAAUGAGCUACUCACUAGUGGAAAGCGAGCACCACCUGAGGUACCUUUUGGUGGUAUUAACAUUAUUCUUCUUGGCGAUUAUAUACAAUAUAUGCCAGUUCUCGACAAACCUCUAUAUUCAAAUCUAGAGCGUGGCUCGUCUUCGCGUUUAUCGACAGAAACUGAUAUUCAGUAUGGAGUUGGACGAUCAUUGGUCCUACAAAUCAAUACAGUCACGAAAUUGUCACAGCAGAUGAGAACUGAAGAUCAAAAAUACUUGACUCUUCUCAACCAUCUUCGUUUAGGACAAACCACACGCGAUGAUUUUGAUUAUCUAUGUACACGAAUUAUCGGUCCAAGACAAGCUGUUCAAUCAUUAAGAGAGAAACCUUGGUGCGAUGCACCUAUACUCGUCUUUCGUAAUCAGCUACGAACUGAAAUAAACAAUCGAGCAGCCCUCGACAAAGCCAAAGAAGCCGGUAUCCCACUAGUCGUUGUUGUAGCACAUGAUAAAAUUCGUUCAAAAAUUUCCGAAGAUGAUGUGAUAUACGAACGUCUCCUCCAUAUACCUGACAACAAGACUGAACUUCUUCCCGGCCUUUUGCCUUUGGUACCAAACAUGCCUGUACUUCUCACCGAUAACAUUGCGUGUGAACUAGGACUUUCGAAUGGUACACAAGGAAUUUUUCGAGAGCUCGUAUACGAGGAUCAGGAGGAGCCAGGAGAUAAUUUAUACAUCAUUAUGUCACAUAUAUUGACGACAACAGACAAUUUUGAUACUAUGGGAGCAGCAAACAUUUUAAUCGACAAGCUAUUUGCAUCAUAA